AUGGUUGGGUUCGAGCAGCCGCACCCGUUCAAAGAGGCAGACCACCACCUAUCCGUCAUGACCAAGCUGUACCGAUCUGCUGCUGCUCUCGUUCUGUCCCUCCCUCUCUUGGGUCUGGGACAGCAGCAGGCGGCGGCACCUGAUCCAUGGGCGUUCACCCACUCGAACCAGGAAAAGGCCAUUGUCUUGUCUCAUACCGGCGGCUUCAACAUUGGCAGCAAGAUCGUGGCCGACCCUCGACGUCCAGGCCAGACAAUAACCUGUGAUCACGGGUAUUUCGAAUACUUCAUUCCCCUCCACUCCCCCCCCCAAGGCCACCUCCGCCGGACAACCUCCCUCGUCCUCUGGCACUCCUCCUCCACCCAAACCUUCCAAAACCGCUGGGACGGCGGGCCCGGGUUCAAAGACCUCCUCCUCCGCCUAGGCUACCCCGUCUACCUCUUCGAAGCCCCCCGCCUCGGCCGCGCAAACUGGGCUUGCAAACCCCACCGCUACGACGUCACCUACCGCGACCAGGACAACUUCCUCGCCUGGAAUUUCGGACCGUCCUACCUCAACUGGUGGCCUGGCUUGCAAUGGCCCGAGGACCCCGAGGUCAAAAGACUAAGCUGGGAGCAAGCUACCGGGGGUAGGUAUGUGGAGUUUGAUGACUACGAGCAUAUCCUCCUCCACGCUGAAGUAGCCGCCAAAGGAGCUGUUCACACUGAGCAAGGAGCGGAAAGAGGGGGGGUGGUUUACCUGACGAAUUCUGCCGCGGGUCUGAGGGCGUUGCUUGCGGCUACGCUGAGCGAUGAGACGGUUGGGAAGAUAAGGGGGAUUGUGGCGUAUGAGAGCGCGGGGUACGUCUUUCCCGAGGGGCAUAACGUCACCGACAGGAGGGAUGAGCCGUUUGGGCCGUUGGUGGUGACGCAGGAGGCGUGGAGGAGGUUGGCAAAGUUGGAUUUUGUGCAGUUUGUGUGGGGGGAUAAUCGCCCUGAGACGGGGAGCGGGUUUUGGGAGGAGAUGGUGGUGCAGAGUAGGCUUUGUGCGGAGCUGAUUAACCUGUAUGGGGGGAAUGCGGAGGUGGUGAAGCUGAAGGAGGAUUUGGGGGUGGUGGGGAAUACGCAUUGCCCGUUUACGGAUAUGAAUAAUGAGGUUAUUUUGGGGUUGUUGGAGGAGAGAUUGGAGAGGAGUGGGUUGGAUGGGUUUGAGGGGCGGGUGGGGAAGGGGAAGGGGAAGGGGAAGAGUAAGUGGAGAGGUUAA